CUUGCGCACGCCCACCACCUCCCUCCUGACGACUGAGAGCACGCCGUGUGAACCAUGCAUCUCGCACCAUCCUCCCGCGCGGCCGCGAAACGCCUCGCAGGCUCUCUGCAGCGCGCGCGACCCCUAACUCUUGCUCGCACGGGGCCCGCGGCGCACCGCAGCUACUCGGCUACCCCAGCAGACCCUGUCUCGCCGCCGCCCAAAGGCAAGAGCUCGAGCGCGCCGCUUGCGUUCGCGCUCGGGGCCGCGCUCAGCGGCGGGCUCGCAUACUACCUCGCGACCCCCGGGCGCGACGAAGCGUCGGCACGGAAUCGCGCGGGCGCGGACUUGAACGCGCAGUACGGGUCGCCCGAGGACUUCAAGAAGGCGAUCGCGGAGCUGCGGGGGGUGUUCGCGGACGCGGACGCGGUCACGACGGACGUGGAGGACCUCGAGGAGCACGGGUUCUCGGAGAACGACUACCACCCGAGCUCGCACCCGUCGGUGGUGGUGUGGCCGGCGAGCACGGAGGACGUGGUGAAGGUGGUGAAGAUCGCGGUCAAGUACCGGAUGCCGGUCAUCCCGUACUCGGGCGCGACUAGCUUGGAGGGCCAUUUCCGCGCGCCUGCCGUCGGGGGCAUCUGCGUGGACGUCUCCAAGAUGGACAAUAUCAUCGAAAUUCAUGAGUCGGACUCGGACGUUGUGUGCCAACCUGGGCUGCGCUGGAUGGACCUGAACGAGAUCCUGAGGAAGAAAGGCAUUCCCUUGUUCUUCCCUCUUGAUCCAGCUCCCGGCGCGACUAUCGGCGGUAUGCUGAGCACGGGAUGCUCUGGAACAAACGCUGUGCGGUAUGGUACCGCUAAGGCAGAGUGGUUCUUGAACGCGACUGUAGUCCUGCCAUCCGGGGAGGUUAUCAAAACGCGGCGGCGCGCACGGAAGUCAUCCGCUGGGUUCGAUACAACGAAGCUCUUCAUCGGCGCCGAGGGCACUUUGGGAAUCGUAACAGAAGUUACUAUCCGUCUCGCCCCGCUACUCCCCACAAACGUCGCUGUAGUACAGUUCCCCGACGUGCGAAGCGCGACCGAAGCAGUCAUCGAAGUCGUGAACGCAGGAGUCGGCAUCCAGUGCGUCGAACUGUGCGACGACCAGUUCAUGCGCGCGACGAACAUCUAUGGGCAGUCCUCGCGCAAGUGGCCCGAAAAGGACAGCCUGUUCUUCAAGUUCCAGGGCCCGACGCCGCGCGCGCUGAAGGAAACUGCCGACAUCGUGAAGGCGGUCACCGCGAAGCACGGCGCGACCGGCUUUUCGCUCGCGCGCAGCGAUCAGGAGGCGCACGACCUCUGGAUGGACCGCAAGAACGCGCUCUACUCUAGUCUCGCGAUCCUGCCGGGCGCGCGCGGGUGGAGCACAGACGUUUGUGUCCCGGUGUCCCGGCUCCCAGAUCUGGUGUAUGAGACGAAGAAGGACCUCGAGGAGCAUGGUCUGCUCUCGACGAUCGUGGGGCAUGUUGGUGACGGGAACUUUCACGCGCUGCUCUUGUUCCGGAACGACCAAGAGCUGGAGGAUGCGCAUGCCGCAGUCGACCGAAUGGUGAAGCGCGCGAUCGCCCUCGACGGCACAUGUACGGGAGAGCACGGUGUCGGCAUGGGGAAGCGUGCCUACCUAUACGAGGAGCUCGGCGAGGGCACUGUAGAACUCAUGAAAACGAUCAAAAACGCCGUAGACCCACUCAACCUGUUCAACCCAGGAAAGCUAUAUCCGGAGAAGCGCGACAGCUCGGAGCGCGGUCAUUGAGGGGGGAGCGGUAUGCCUAUGUGCAGUAUUGGUUUACAUGAGUGAUGUCGCAACACGGUGGGGGUAUAUAGAUUGCCACCUACCAUGUGCGUUAUAGAGCGAUGCCUCCUGUGUAGCGCAGGCGGAGACGAUGUACAGUACAUAAUCUAUGUCACUACGAUUU